GUUUGGUCACAUCUUGACUGUGCGUUCCCCGUUAAAUUUCUACUUCGGACAUAUAACAUACGUACCGGACCGAGGUUGACGAUAUACCCGACGUAACAUUGCUAUGUAUACGUGCUUACCUCCACGAUCUCCCCCCUUAGGAUCAGAUUUGUAAGAGGCAACAACGGAGAAGGUUAAGAACUGCUCGUUAUCUACAUAGAGGGAGAUGCAUUUCUUGGCUAUAGGCAUAUUGAAGACUCGCCUGUGUCUCGAGUAUCAAUCACGCGUAGGUUCCAAUGACUUGACAGGCCACUCUCCCUAGUGUCUGCCUAGUCAAGAUAUUCUUCUGACUAUGUGCACACUGCUCAUUCUUGUGAAAAAGUACCUAUCUCGAUAAGUGCCAGGUUACAUAGCUAAGUAAGCUGACGACAGUAAGGAGGCUAGGGCAUCUACGUGGAGUGGACCUCGGGACCUACCUAGACGGGUAAGCAUAUGCCUGUAACGAUGCGUUACAACAUCAAAGGAACGCUGGGAAGGUCGUAGAAGCAGCGCAGCCCGUUGUGAGAGGAAGUUCCCAUGCACAAUUGAAUACCUACCUGGAUGAAACUAUGAUGACUGCUGUUGAGGCGAUACCCACGGGCCGACAACUUCAACAUGGGCGACUCGCCUGGAAAUAAAACGGCUGCGGGGUUGCGGGCCGACGAUUUAAUCAACCCCCAAGUUGCACAACUAGGACAACCCACACAUCUUCGGAGCUGUAUACUGUGUAGGCAACGCAAGGUCAAAUGCGACCGACGCCAGCCAUGUUCCAAUUGUGUGAGGGCGGGAUCUAACUGCGUGCACCCGCCCGGGGCAGGCAGGGCUGCUAAACGGUCACGACAAGCUGUCGACACCAAAGUACUGGAUCGACUUUCUCAGUUAGAAACCACCAUUAGACGCCUGCAGCAGCAGGCAAAGGACCGCGAAGCAAGCUCGCACAAAGCGUCGGGCUCCACCUCGGAGCAUGUCUCCUCGACAGGCGCCCAAGCUCAAGAAAGCAACAGCGCGGUUGAUAAUGGGAACCAAGAGACCGAAGCUGCGGGAUUAGGCCGCCUAGUUAUUGAAGAGUCUCAAAGUCGUUAUGUCAGUAACGUACUAUGGGCGGAUCUGACAGAGGAGAUCGAGCAACUGCGUGGAAUGUUUGCCGAGUCCCGUCUUAGUGACGAUGAAUCUGCUCAACCUGAUGAGAACUCCCCGUUACAUGAUGAAGAUCGUCGAAACACGGGAUCUUUGGCCACAAAUGCAGCCUUGCUAGGCUACCGAUCCCUUAGUCACUCUCUAAGAGACUUUCAUCCUUCUACCGAGCUAUCCAUGAAGCUCUUUCAACUAUUUAGCGACAAUGUUCUCCCACUAGUGCGCAUCUUCCAUACAACUAGCUUAAUACGCUUAUUCUGGAGUGCUGCCGCCACAACCAACUCGCUCGACAAAGAAACAGAGGCACUGUUGUUUGCGAUAUAUUAUUCGGCAGUUAUCAGCAUGGACCCGGUUCAAUGCGAAAACCUUGUAGGCCAGCCAAGGUCCGCUAUGGUCGAGCGAUUCAGAUUUGCGACUGAGCAAGCACUGGCGCGGGCUAACUUGUUGAACACUCACAGCACGCUGCUUUUGCAGGCAGCUAUACUGUACAUAUCAGUGUUGAGGUCCGAUGAUGGUACAAGAACAGUGUGGUCUCUGAUCGCACUCGCGACUCAUUUGGCAAGGUCGAUGGGCUUACACCGAGAUGGAACUGCGUUCAAUCUUCCACCCUUCGAAACUGAGAUGCGUCGACGUAUAUGGCAGCAAGUAUGUAUACUUGAUCAUCGAAGCACUGAAUACCACGGUUACGAACCCCGCGUUCUCGAGAAAUCAGCCUUCGAAACUCGCCAGCCGCUCAAUGUGAAUGAUGCCGAUCUUUCCAGUGACAUGACCGAGUUGCCGCGUGAGAGAGAGGGCGCUACAGAUAUGACAAUUGUCCAGGUCCGGUGCUAUGCAUUGGAAAUUCAUUGGAAAAUGAAACGUGCCAGUCACGCCCCCUUUCAAACUCGUGUCAAGAUUAUGGACGAGCACGACAAAUGGGUCGAAAAGUACGUACAACGGUGCGACCCAGCACAACCAUUACACUAUCUUGCAAGAGAAAUUUGCUACAUGGCUUCAGCGCGAGUCCGAUCCUCAGCAUACUACACUGAGCUGAAAACUCGAAAACAUAGAGCAGAAUCCGGUGCUCUUCGUACCAGCAAUGCCGAGGAGUCCAGUCAUGGGGCUUCCGAAGUUGAGCUGGAUUGUAAAACUUUGCGGGACACAAUAUUCUCUGACACAAUCAGGAUACUCAAAAUGACAUUGGACAUAAUGAAAGACUCGCGCCUCAAUCAGUGGGUGUGGCACCUGAAGACUUAUGUUCAAUGGCAUACGUUAGCUCUUGCCUUAUCAGAGAUUUGUAUUCGACCACCCUCCCCUGAAUGUGACGCAGCGUGGAAUUACGCAACAGCGGUUUACGACAUAUGGCUUCUCAUAAAAUUUCGGGACGGCGGAGAACGGGGAGAUAACCUUGUGAAACCCAUCGGCCAGCUUAUUGCUCGAGCCCGGCGCGUGCGAGAAGAACAACAGCAACAACGACAACAACCGCACCAUCAGGCACAGCAGCCAGCAUCGACACCUCUGGUGGGCGAGUGGAUGAGUCCUGGGCAACAGAUACCAUCUAAGGGUCCCGACUUCCAUAACUUGGACGCAAUGCCUAUGAAUCCUGAAUCCCUUCGGCCAAGCCUACCGUUGCAUGCAACAACAAUAUCUUCAUCUGAUGUUUCGCUCAGUACUCCGCCCGUGUAUGAUUUCGGCGACUUUGACACGUUUUUAGAUAUGAUGCCUACUGAGUUACAUAAUGAAUGGUUCGAGUCAACGGCACAAGGUGACCCGACGAGUCUCGCCAGCCAACCCCUUGGGGCGAUGCCGGCAAAGUCAUUCUUCGACUCGUCAUAAGUCGUAAUUGAUCGCAUAGCUAAACGCUUUCAUUACGAGCACAGCUAGGGCUGGAAGCGAAUAUAUGGUAUGUAAUGACUCUAUGUAGCGUCAAUUUUGGAUUGUAACGCCAUAUUACCUAUUGCCUGUGGUGAUUGCAGAGUCACCACAAAGGGCAGGGCUCUGCUUCGUUGUGGAGGGGUAGUCCUAGCUUCUCAUACAGACUCUACUCUGACCAGAUUCUUAUUAAUUCAUAUCUGUAUAUUGAGACAUUCUUGCUCUGGGAAAUGACUUGGAAACAGCAACAUAGGUGAUAGCACAAAAAGCGGUGUCGUUUACUCGGCAUUCAGUCCCCUGGUUGUUAUAAGGAGUAAUGUCAAAACAAGAUCAGCGCAUUCUAUCUUCGUGU